AUGACGAACAUGGCAGCGAAGCCUCAAGGCCAACUCAACUCUGCUGCCGCCACCACCACUGCCCCUGUCAAUGGCGUUCAGUCGAACCCCAUCGCCGGUAACAUUCUCAUAAUUGGUGCUACCGGCUACAUCGGCAAGUUUGUGGCAGAGGCCAGCCUCGCGGCCGGUCGCACCACGUACAUAUUUGCCGAAACGGUUCUACCAGCCCCGUCCAAGGCUGCGGCGAUCCAACGACUGCAAGAGUCAGGCGCCAUCGUCCUUCAUGGUUCACUGGAUGAUGUUGAGUUGAUGAUCAACCUUCUGAAACAACAUAGGAUCGAGAUUGUGAUCUCCACAGUUGGUGGCGGGGCCAUUCGAGAUCAGUUACCGUUGAUUGAUACUAUCAAUGCAGCUGGAAGUAUCAAGAGAUUCUUGCCUUCCGAAUUUGGGCACGACAUUGACAAAGCGAACCCAGUUGAACCUGCACUGACAUUGUACAAUGAGAAGGCAAAAGUCCGGCGAGCGAUCGAAACCGCCGGAAUUCCUUAUACUUACAUAUGCUGCAACUCCAUUGCUGGAUGGCCAUACUUCGAUCAAAUCCAUCCUUCUGAGAUCCCACCGCCAACUGACUACUUUGAGAUUUAUGGCGAUGGUAAUGUGAAAGCUUACUUCGUAGCCGGAGAAGACAUCGGAAAAUUCACAAUUAAAGCUGCGGACGAUGUGCGCACUCUGAACAAGGUGCUACACUUCCGGCCACAAAGCAACUUUGUGACACUUGAUGAGUUUGCGUCCAUGUGGGAGAAGAAGAUGGGGAAGGAGGUGCCCAGGAGGUUCAUCUCUGAAGAUUGCCUCCUACGCCUGGCCAAAGGUAUAUCUAUCUCUUUUGAAUCUCCAACCUGA